UAGGAUAUUCCAAGUUACAGUGGAGAUUUAUCCUGGGAUCCCAAGUUAUAAGCUUGCCCACCCGCCGCGCCUCUCUCGUCAUAAGGAUCCGACAUUCUCGGGAUACCCUUGGACUUACAUAACUAUAUUCUCACUCAUAAAUACCAUCUCAGGAUGACUAUCAUGAACUCUUGGGAAGAGAGUGCGCUGCAAGUAUGUCACUAUUUUCACUCUCUGGUUAUUUCCACUACAGGCUAUUAUCUAGCAUACCGAUACCAGGACGAUGGACAAUUUACAGGAGUAUCGGCUAGCAUUGCAAUGGAUCCAAAGGAUACUGUGCACGAUAGUAUAAUCUACCCCGGGCUCUAUGCUCCGAGUGGCUUUGAUAUGAUGAGUAUACUCAUACGAGUCAUGACAAGACCAAACCCUGUCAUCGAACUCGGCCCCAUCGAUGCCUCCUGUGCUCUUAUCCUGUGCGAUCUCCAGCAACAAGACUACCCCAUAGUCUACGCCUCAGGCCCCUUCACCGAGUUAACCGGCUACUCGCACUCCGAGGUGAUCGGACUAAACUGUCGGUUCCUCCAAGCGCCAGGCGGGAGAGUCCGGAAACAAUCAACUCGCAAGUACGUGAACAAGGACGUCCUCAAGAGGAUGCGGCGGUCCGUGGAAGCGAAUGACGAACUGGCCGUCGAAGUCGUCAACUUCAAGAAGAACGGGGAUAGAUUCGUCAACGUGUUGACCAUGAUCCCGGUGCACUGGGACAGUCAGAUGCCGCGGUACUCGGUGGGCUUCUUGGCUGAGAAGACUUGGUGAAGGCAGUGAUCAUCAUCGGAAACUACCUACCAACCUGAUCUUUUAACAACAAGUAUCCAAGGGGGGAGGGAAACAAAACACGAAGGAGAAGGGCGUCAGGGAGCGAAAUUAUCUUUUUUCGAAUUUGAAGCAUGAUACCCCCGUCGUUAAUCCACGCUACCAGGCGCCAGCAUCACACGUCUUUUCGUCGUCGCCAGGCAUAUUAUUUCUGCUUUUAGGCAUCUAAUCUGCAUCUGAUACCCCAUUUUCUAUAUCACGGACUGGCCAUGCUGUCGAUGGGAAUCAUGGAAGCGCAUUUGAAGAUUAUUUUGUUUAUUUUUUGGAGGGGCGAAGUCGGAAGACGAGGUUAUGAGCGAGCUGAUGGUGUUUGUUAUUGGGGGAGUGAG